AUGCCCCAACAUGGUAUGCACGGUGGUAGCCUAAUUGCGAUUCUCCAACCGUUACCUGGACCAAAUAACUUCCCAUAUUCAAAUGGAGUUAGGCCGAGGAUCCCUUGGUCUCAAGAAGAACAUGACUUAUUUGUGAUGGGGCUGAUUGAAUAUGGAAAAGCGAAAUGGAGCAAAAUAGCAAAACACUAUGUUUGCCACAAGACACCACAACAAGUUCAAUCCUAUGCACGUAGCUUAUUCAAACAUCUACCAGCUUCAUAUGUGCAUGGUUUUAGAAGAAAGAAACCAACUUCAAAUCCCAAAAAAUUUGUUUCUACAAGAAACAACGAAACUCUCAAUCAUUUUCCAAAGAAAGCUUAUAGAGGUGAAUCUAGCACUUCCAUGACUGUGCCUAGUGUUUCUGCUGAUAAUGGAGAAGUUGAUGUGAAACUUCGUUUGAGUUUAUAUAAGUGA